AUGGUCGGGCUAAGGGUUGCGCAGCUGUUGUUCUUCUACAUUGCCGCAGUUACUGGUCAGGGGCUCUUUAAUGUCGGCUCAUCUUCCGGUAACGAGACGUUGAGCGACCCCAAUGUCCGAAAAGACCUGCUACAAGCGCUUUCGCAGUAUGAGCAACUACACGGUGGCGGAAGUAGCGCCGGAAAUCUCGGCCGGAAAUUGACCGACGAACAGGUGGACAUCAUCAUCGGAGAAAAGUCCCUAUUCGCAACCUACGUCGAAGACUUUCGCGAUAGUUACGGCGAGUAUGACAGCUUCCAUGGCGGGAAGGUCAUCAACCCCAAGAGAUAUCCGGAGUUGCAGCAGAAAUUUCUCGAAUAUUUCCCUAAGCGGGACCCGAGUCUGCGUCGCAUGGCUCACUUUUUCCACAACUCCUAUAUGGAUUAUGUUCGCGGGCUGGUGUGGGGAACAAAAUGCUUGGAGGGACACUUGUGCCAUGUGCACAACAGCAAGACAUUGAGUGUGUUUUUCAUAUGGGCGAGCCGCGACAGUGAACAUCCGUUGAACACCACACAGGCCGAGGCGCAUUUCGAAACCGUCAAGCAUAAAAUUAAGAGCCUGUUCAUUGAAAACGUUGGAGGCGUGAUGCCCGACCAAAAGCACUUUGACAUUGCUGCCGUCGACGAGUACAUGCCGGCGAUCUUUGGGAAGGCGUGGGUGGACGACGGUGUGGAUCGUCACGGUGUCACCGCCGUGCAGCCGGAUGGCUACUACCAACACUUCUUCUUCACGAACGCGUUCUACUUUACGUGGGACCCGUUUCAAAGCGACCACAAGACAUACCGCUGCAGUUUUGUCGUCUUCUUC